GCCAGAAACUACGCAGUGUUCUUGAACGAGGUUCUACUCACUUUCUAAAGAAAUUCCCUUCACCGGGCUUGGCCCAAUUCAUGAAAAUUGGAAUUACUGACCUUCACACUUGCGCCCCAUUACCUCCAUCAACAGCUUGAGCCAUGGCGGAGUCAACCAGUUCCGCCGCUGCCUCGGGUCAGGCUCAAAAUGCUUCGAAAGCUACGCCCAAGCCAGCCAAUCCAGCAUUCAGGAUGCUAGGAUUGCCCAACUUCCGUUUCAAGCUUCCAUCUCGGAAUUGGAUGAUCUUUUUCACCAUCACCGGCUCACUUACGGCUGCUAUCGUCUAUGAUCGUCGGGAAAGACGUCGCGUACAACAGAAGUGGUGUGACUUGGUCGCACACCUCUCCAAGGAGACCCUCCCCAUUGAACAGACACGGCGGAAAUUAACGGUAUUCUUGGCCGCGCCGCCGGGCGACGGACUUCGCAUUGCCCGUGAACAUUUUAAGGAAUAUGUGAAGCCGAUAUUAGUCGCGGCAGCUCUAGACUACACAAUCAUUGAAGGCAGAAGGGAGGGCGACGUGCGUGCAACACUCGCGGAACGAAUCCGCAAGCACCGAAGGAAGGCUGGCGAGCCAAGCUCGGUUGUGGAGGAAAUCGGCAACGAAGAUAUUAUCGCCGACGCGAGACAGAAGAUCGGUGUUGUUGAAGAACCAGGUCCAAAAGGUGAUCUGGUAAUUGGACGGCAUACCUGGAGAGAAUACAUUCGCGGUCUUCACGAAGCUGCACCCGUGGAAGAGCCGUCGAUACCUGUCGAAGGCUCAGAGACACCUGCCGACGGCAUGUCCGCUGCAGAGAACACCGAGAAGAAGGAGGAAGCGGAGAAGAAGGAUGACAAACCGGCCAAACCUAGUGGACCGACACCAGCAUAUAUCUCUCCGGCCGAAUAUUCAUCGCGGGGUCUUCCACCCACCCUCCCACAGUCCUUGGAGAGCUCCGUCCCCAUCCCUUUCCCACAUUUACUGGGUUUCUUGAAUACACCAAUCAGAUUCUACCGUUACCUGAACCGACGCCAUCUAGCCGAUGAGAUCGGACGGGAAGUCGCCGGCCUUGUCCUCGCCUCGUCCAGCAGACCAUAUCAUGACAGUUCUUUCAGCUCCGACUCCGAACUGAGCGGUGCAAGUGUCGACGCCGGUGCUUCGCCGUUCCCUUCAUCCGAUGGCUUGAUGCCUUCCUCUUCCGCAAAGUACGAACAGCAAACCGUCCUCGAAAAAGAAGAGUCCGAAUGGCACAAAUCAGUGCAUAAGCAGGACGAGGAGAACCCUGACAAGGAACGCGAGUGGCUAGAUGAUAUCGCCCUUGACCCACGCAUUGCAUCGCGGAUGCAGCGCUCCCUUCUCUCCACUGAUGAAGAGGCACGCUCACAUCGCAUUACCGAGGGCAAGGAAUACAUUCUCGGACAAGAGAGACCCGCCCCUGUCUCCUUCUGGCAGCGGAUGUGGAUCAAGUACGGCUACGGGGAGGACGAAGAAUCCGUCAAGAUGAAGCCCAUCAUUGGUAAUCUUGAUGGAGCGGAUGGUGAAUGA